GAUCUAUUCUCUAUAUAUAUAACAAGCUAAACCCCAAAUAUCCAACUCGUGUCCCACUCACCCAAACUAGAACAUUCAACUCGGUAACUCACUCACCUCCCCAAAAAACCCCCACUCCCAUCAUCACCUUUAACUCGUGUUCCACUCACGGGUCUACUCAAUCUCUACUUAAUACAAAAAACCCUACUCCUUUGGGCUAAAUCACAAGACUCACAAGGAAACCAGUUGGGUGAAUUUAAUGGCGACAAACACAUCCUCUUUAAAGAAGAAAAGUGAGCAAGUCCUAGACGGUUCGGAUAUAAUGGAGUUGGUUGAAAACCAAGAGGUGUUCACUAGUUUCGUGGACCAUAAGUUCAAAGAGCUUGAUAAAGACAGUGAUGGUCACCUCUCUGUGAAAGAAUUACAACCUGCUGUGGCUGAUAUUGGUGCUGCUCUCGGUUUGCCUGCUCAAGGUUCUUCACCUGAUUCUGACCAUAUUUACUCUGAGGUAUUGAAUGAAUUCACUCAAGGGAAACAAGAAAAAGUGAGCAAGACCGAGUUUAAAGAGGUUCUUUCAGAUAUUCUAUUAGGUAUGGCGGCGGGUUUGAAGCGAGACCCUAUCGUGAUCCUCCGUAUCGACGGUGAAGAUCUUUUGGAGUUCAUUAACGGUCCGAGUUAUGAAGUGGAGAUGUUGUCCGUAUUUUCGCAGAUUGUGUCGGAUGAUGCUGUACUACCGAUGCGUGAUUGCAUCGUUAAGGCCUUGGAGAAACUUACGGUCGAUCAAGGAAUGCCGCCUUCUCCGGAUUCUUGGGUUACAAGUAACAUAAUCGAACCGGCUUUGCAAUUGUGGGAUGGCAACAAUCAAGAGAAACUUGUUUCCCAAGAAACCUUCUUGGAAGAAUUCAAGAAAGUUGCGGAACGUGUGGCUCAAAAUCUCAAGGAACAACCCGUAAUCGUCGCCCAUAGUGAGAACACUUUCGAUGGGAGCGGCAUUAAAAGACUACUAUCCAACAAGUUCGAACUAGACAAGUUGCUUAAUACGGCUUUAGAAAAUGUCCCGAAAGAUCGUAACGGUAAAGUAUCAAAGGAGUACUUGCGCGUCGUGCUAGACGUAGUGGCACCAUCUGCCAGUUUACCUCCAAUAGGUGCAGUUGAACAGAUCGACAAGGUCGUUGCUGAGGCUUUUGACAUGAUAAACGCGGACGACGGGAAAGCGGUUAAAGAAGAUGAGUUCAAGAAACUAUUGACGGAGAUCUUAGGGAGCGUCAUGCUGCAGUUAGAAGGCAACCCGAUCUCGAUUUCUUCGAAUUCUGUCGUUCACGAGCCUCUCGCAUCGUCCUCAUCGUUACUGCAACCAUCAUCCUAGUUGCAUAUCACUAAUAUUAAGGGUGACAAAAGAAAAAAGGGACAAUAAAUUUUGGUUAAUUUCAAGUUAAAAAACUCUUAGUAGCUUUUAAGUUGAAUUAUGUGCAGUUUCACUGGUUUGUAUUGUGCUAAUGAAAAUAUAUUACCAUAAUACAUGCAAA